AUGGUUUUAGAUUUAGAUUUGUUUCGUGCUGACAAAGAUGGUAAUCCAGACAAAAUUCGCGAAAACCAACGUAAACGCUAUAAAGACGUUGCUUUGGUAGAUAUUGUUGUGGAACAGGACACCUUAUGGAGAAAAUUACGCCACGAUGCCGAUAAUUUAAAUAAACUUAAAAAUGUGUGUAGCAAAGAGAUAGGGCAAAAAAUGAAAAAUAAAGAACCCGUCGGACCAGAAGACGAGCCAGUCCCUCAAGAAAUCUCAGAUAACCUUAUCAAUCUUAUUGGAGAACAACUACGUCCUCUUACAGUAAACCAAAUAAAAAAGGUGAGAGUACUUAUUGAUGAAGCAAUCACAAAAAAUGAAGAAGCUCUAUUAACAGCAGAGAAAACACGUUCCUCAGCCUUAAGGGAGGUGGGUAAUCAUUUACAUGAGUCGGUACCUGUAGAUGAUGAUGAGGAUCACAAUGCUGUUGAGAGAACUUUUGGUGAUUGUGCUGUCAGGCAAAAGUAUUCUCAUGUGGACCUCAUUUGCAUGAUAGAUGGUAUGGAUGGGGAGAGGGGUACUGCAGUAUCAGGUGGUCGAGGGUACUAUCUUAAAGGUCCUGCAGUUUUCCUUGAACAAGCAUUAGUGCAGCUCUCUCUAAGAAUUCUUUUGAAAAAAGGAUAUACACCACUCUAUACACCCUUUUUUAUGAAAAAAGAGGUGAUGCAAGAAGUAGCGCAAUUAGCUCAAUUUGAUGAAGAACUAUAUAAGGUGAUAGGAAAAGGCUCUGAGAACAAGGGAGAUGCAGCUGUGGAGGAAAAAUAUCUCAUUGCGACAUCCGAACAGCCUAUAGCUGCAUAUCACAGGGAUGAAUGGCUUCCAGAAGCUUUGUUACCCAUAAAAUAUUCUGGAUUAUCCACAUGCUUCAGGCAAGAAGUUGGGUCACAUGGUCGUGAUACACGCGGUAUCUUUAGGGUGCACCAAUUUGAAAAGGUAGAGCAGUUCGUUUUAACAUCUCCUCAUGACAACAAAUCUUGGGAAAUGAUGGAUGAGAUGAUCGCUAAUGCAGAAGAGUUCUACCAAAUAUUGGGUAUACCGUAUCGCGUUGUGAAUAUCGUGUCAGGGGCACUCAACCAUGCGGCAGCUAAAAAGUUGGACUUGGAAGCGUGGUUCCCUGGAUCUGGCGCCUUCCGUGAACUGGUCUCGUGCAGCAACUGCUUGGAAUACCAAGCUAGACGUUUGCUUGUCAGAUACGGUCAGACUAAGAAGAUGAAUGCAGCCACGGAGUACGUGCACAUGCUCAACGCGACCAUGUGCGCCACCACGCGCGUCAUCUGUGCCGUACUGGAAGUCCAUCAGAGCGAGCGCGGUAUUGAGAUACCAGAAGCUUUGAAGCCAUGGAUGCCAGAACAGUACCAGGAGUUCAUACCAUUUGUGAAGCCUGCUCCAAUAGAUAUUGAGGCAGCCGCUGCCUCCAAGAAGGGCAAGAAAGAGAAGAAA